AUGUGCCCUUUGAUUAAAAGAGAGUAUUCAUAUAAAGACAAUUAUUUUAACCAUCCUCAAGUUGUGGCUAAAGACGUUCCAUUUACCGUAACUGAAUUAGCAAAAUUGAAGAAGGAUUUUGCAAGAUAUCCAAAGGAAUCAGGGAUGGAAUAUGUGUGGAGAGUAUCUCUGUCAAGUGGAGAUGCAAUUUUGUUAUCAGAGAAAGAAGCAGAAGGGUAUUGGGGUCUGGGUGUGUUUUUAACUACCAGCAAUUGCUGAACCCCCUGGUCAUUAACGCAGAGGGCAGUGUAUUGGGCUGGAGGUCUGAAUCCCUCGGAGAGAGGAGAUCCCCUUGUCAUAACAGGCACAGUGAAUCUAUUGGUGGAAGUGCAAAAGGCAGCCUGCCUCCAAAUGAUGUAUGACCAGAAGCCCAAACUUAACCAGGCUUCCCUGAUGAUGAUGAUGCCUGUGGACCCAGAGAGAAUGACCCCUCUGAUCCGAGGACUCCCCAAUUCCCUAAAACCCACUGGGAUUAAAUUACAAGGAAAAAUUGAAAACACUCAUGAAGGAGAGAGAAUUACAGCUGCUUUGGAGGGGAUGGUGACCCCCAGUCAGAGAUCAGGAAGGAAAGUGUGGAUGUGGGGGGAAGUAGUCCAGGAACUGAUUAAUUUUGAGAGAAAAUAUGGCCCCAUGCCAUAUUGGAUUGUGCCAAAGGACUAA